AUGACCGAGCAAGCACUUCCAGAACUCCCCCUCCCCUUUGGCACUCCAGUCCGCAUUCUAGUUCACACCACAACGGGACUCGUCCCCAAAGACCUGGGCCUGGCCGACAAUGUAUGGGGCGAUAAGAACACAUCUAUGCUGGACCGCAUCUCGCGACACCACUGGAACCUGGCGUACCAGUCGCUUAACCUCACCGAAAUCCGAUUUUAUAACCACAACUGUGACUACGGGUAUGAUGACCGGCGCUGCUUCUUCGGGGUCGAUCACGGCACUACGUCGAAUGAUGAGGAAGUGCCUAUCUUGUGCUGGGAGUGGACUGGAGAGAAAUUAGACGUGUGCGUGCAACGGAAGGAGUUGUCCAUCCGAAGUCGGGUAAAAGAUGGACUCCGCAAAGCAAAGAAGAUUCCCGAGGAUGAGCUGAUGUUCAUGCUGGAGCAUCCCCACGAUAUGCAGUGGUUGGCAGAUAAUAUGAUGCCGCGGUUCUGGCCGAAGUUUCUGGCGCAGGCGAAGAGGCUGCCGAGGAAGAAACGAGAGGCUACGGUUUUAUGGAAGAUUGGGAAGUGGAAUUCGCUUGGUACCCCAAACUCCCACCUCAUCCAAUCCCCCGAAAUCCAAGCCGAGCUAAAAGCAGUCCCAUUCACGCCACGACCACGCGCCACCGACCCGUGGGAGGAAGUCCUGCGCAAGCAGCAGCAGCCCACCCCGACUCGACAGAUCGUGCGACGAAGACUCCGCAAGGCGCAGAAGAUCCCGACGAGGAGCUCGAGUACAUGCAGAGCGACCCGAGGAUAUGGAGUGGUUGGAGUGGAAGGUGAAGCCGCGGUUCUGGGCGUCGUUUUUGGCGCAGAUUGA